GUUCACAUCAUCAACACGUCUUAACCACACAGUCUUCCUCUCGGGGUUUUUUCUUCAGUCGUGAAUUGGUUGCUGGAUAUGAAGGUCAACAAGAAUCCCUAUAGAAGAAUGAUGCUCCUUAAAACAGCUUUUCUGCUUUGUCAGAUUUUCCUCCUCAUGAUCACAGGAGCUUUUGCGGAUAAAUGGAGUGGAACAUACAGCCCGGAACAUCUCUGUGCUUUAAAAGGAUCUACAGUGUUCAUUAAUGCCUCAUACACAUAUCCAGUAGGUCAUACAUUGAAAGAGACAUUUUGGUUAAUAAACCCAGCUGAGGGUAAAGUGCUGACUGAUCUGCGUAAUGAAUCAGGUUACUCAGGCAGAGUGGCGUAUUUAGGAGAUGAACAGAAACACUUCUCCCUCAGACUGAGUGAUGUGAAAGUAACAGAUAAAUGUGUGUACUACUUCAGAAUCAUAACAGAUAAAAAUGAAAAGUGGAUGAAAUAUCCUGGAGUUACUCUCACUGUUACAGAUCUUCAGGUGAUCGCUCCUGCAGAAGUGACAGAGGGACAAUCAGCCGUUCUGACCUGUAAAACCACCUGCAGUCUGACUGAUCCAACAUUCAUCUGGUACAAAACCAGCCGUGAUUUAACCACAAACACCAUCAAGAGCAAUGAAGUCCACCUGCAGUCGGUCAGCAGUGAGGAUGCAGGCAGUUAUAGCUGUGCUGUAAGAGGAUAUGAACAUCUCCCCUCUCCUGCUCACACACUCAGAGUCAGAUGUGAGAUUUAUUUACCUUCACCUUUAUAUUCUAUAACUAAACAGUUAAUAAAGCUUGGCUUGGUUCACUGAAAC